UGUGGUCGUAAGUCGUAAAUCCCCCAGCCAGCCAUCCCAUCGCUAUGACUUCAAUCCGAGAACGCCUGCUUGCAAUCGAGGCUGAAUUUCUCUCUUCUGUCGUGUCCGGGACUGCUGCUCUGGAAACUUUCAGUGACCAAUGGCGCGACAUUCUUGCGGACGUCGCCAGUGCCGUGGAGAUGUCGAACUUGGACGAAGAAACUAUCUCUCUGGCUCAUGCUGUGUCGUCCAACAUUGACGCGUUCGCCUCGUCUUUCGAGGACUUCUUUGUUGCGGCCGACGAGAUACAAACCACCAUGGACACCGAACUCGAGGAUGCGUUGAGUCGGUUAGUGCUUGGCACCGACGAAGGCGAACAAGAUUUGUCAAUGGCUAUGAAACCUUCACCCUUUAUCACUUCCGCCGAGUCUUCCUUAGAAGAAAAGCCUACAUGGCGUUCUGCUUCUUACCCAUCUCCGGCUAGUUCCAGAACACCCUCGUUGGUGUCUGAUUCUUGGUCCGAGGACAGUGACGAUGAAGACGACGACGUAUUUCUGGAUCUCUCUCAUAAACGUCUUCGUCAGGAAGACGACCCCGAGGAGCUUAUUCCCUGUCACAAACGACGCCGAUUCAUCUCGUAUACAUCCACCGACACAUGCAUGUCAUGGCUGCAUGGACUCGAUUCUCAUGACGCCCCGGAAGUCCGGGGGGUUGCCCCACGCAAGAUACUACCCCUUCCUUCUCGUACAUCAUCCGUCAGCACGGAGUUGAACUCGAGCCUGCGACCCUGCGUUUCUCAGCGCAAGCGUCGCCUAUCCCAGACCGACGCGUAUCCGGCCCCGAAGCGGCCUCGCGGUAUCAACACGGACACCAGGAGGCAGGCGGUCUCAGCUCCUCUUACAGGCGAGGCCAACGACCUCGAAGAGCAGACGCAUGAUAUCGUUCGCUGGGCCUGGGAUUACAAGACUAUUGCGCCGGCCACAUACGCGCCACCGGAUCCUUCCAUCCCCAUGGAAGUGCGUGUGGGUUGGGGUCGCCCUGCUGCCUCUGAGCUUACUAGCAGUUCUAUGGCGGGCUGCUGUUCCGUGACGGCGAGCGAUAAAGCACUGAAGGAGAAGCGAAAAUCGGGGACUUUGGCUGAGGUCGCCUCCAGCGCUGAUACCGACGCAGUUGAUCCCUCAAGCAACGAGACCUCUUCUGGAACAAGCGUCGCUAUGGCCUCAGUCCCGCUGGCCGGCACUGAUGAUAUGCCCAUUCACGAUAUCGAAGAAACCUCACGAGCCCCGGUGACAUUGGCCGCUGGACCGACCAGGUCCUCGAUGGUCGCAUUCCCUGACUCUCCGACUUCGCUUUCCUCUAUGCACGUCAUGCCUGGAACUGGAAGCGAACAAGUUUCUUCUAACAUGUGGGACGGACCACAUAGCCGGUCUCAAUCUCCGUUGGGGGCGCCUCCUUCUUUCGAUAGCGCCGUGGCCAACCCUUCACUGGUUCCGCCCAGCUACACUGUGGAUGACCCAUAUUUGCCAUCGGGCUCCAUUACUCCUCCACCUCCCUACCGUCUUGCAUCCGAAACGAAGGCUGGCACGAGCGACAACAUAGCCGCCAACGCACUGGACGUAAUGGCUCUCUUCGCUGAGCUGCUUCCUCUCGCCUUCCACGGGCAGAAGCGUGGUUUCUCCGAGGCAUUCCACCAACAUGUGCAGGUCCCGCAGGCGGGCAUGGCGAUCGCCGUCUAAGUAGGUAUUCGGCACUUACCUCGUCUGUAUCCUUAUUGUAUUUAUCGCCUGCUUCCCGUCUAUACCCUACUGAGUUCGCUACUAUACCCCUUCCCCGUCGUUGCCGCGUCUCCGCGCGGUGCGUGCGUAAUAUAUGGUGUCAUCGAGACCUGUUGGGGUCUGCUUUGAUAUCGAACAUAUGUCCAGUACGUUCAUCAACGCGGGGAGAAUGAGAAGGUUCAGCCAGUUUCGAUCACGAUCGCGAUCGUUGUUGGCCACUGCGGCUGAACGGAACUGCCCGAUGGCUACUGUGGCACUCGGAACUACCCGGUGGCUACUGUGGCACUCGCCACUCGUUGUCC